GGCACAAGCAAGAUGAUGGAUUUUCUGGAGGAACCUCUGCCUGGUGUGGGUACCUAUGAAGAUUUCAAUACUAUAGACUGGGUGAGAGAAAAGUCCAGAGACCGGGACAGGCACAGAGAGAUUGCUAGUAAAAGUAAAGAGUCAACAUGGGCCCUGAUUCACAGCGUGAGCGAUGCCUUCUCUGGUUGGCUGUUGAUGCUCCUCAUAGGACUGUUAGCAGGUUCUCUAGCUGGUCUGAUAGACAUCUCUGCCCACUGGAUGACAGAUUUGAAAGAAGGGCUGUGUCUGUCAGGCUUCUGGUUUAACCAUGAACACUGCUGCUGGAACUCCAAUGAGACAACCUUUGAGGAUAGGGAUAAGUGCCCAGAGUGGGAGAGCUGGUCACAGCUUAUAAUUGGCCAUGGAGAGGGGGCAUUUGCAUACAUUCUCAAUUACUUCAUGUAUGUUCUCUGGGCCCUGGUAUUCUCUCUCCUUGCAGUGUUGCUGGUCAGGGGAUUUGCACCUUAUGCUUGUGGCUCAGGAAUCCCAGAGAUCAAAACGAUCUUGAGUGGUUUCAUCAUUAGAGGCUAUUUGGGCAAGUGGACCCUGAUAAUCAAAACUGUUACCUUGGUGUUGGCAGUAUCAUCUGGCUUGAGUUUGGGGAAAGAGGGCCCCUUGGUGCAUGUAGCUUGCUGUUGUGGAAACAUCUUGUGUCACCUUUUCACCAAAUACAGGAAAAAUGAGGCCAAGCGCAGAGAGGUUUUGUCAGCUGCUGCAGCCGCUGGCGUGUCCGUAGCUUUUGGUGCACCAAUUGGAGGGGUAUUGUUUAGUCUGGAAGAGGUGAGUUAUUAUUUUCCCCUCAAGACUCUAUGGAGAUCUUUCUUUGCCGCCCUGGUAGCAGCGUUCACCCUGCGCUCCAUCAACCCUUUUGGAAAUAGCCGUCUGGUUUUGUUUUACGUGGAGUUUCACACACCUUGGCAUCUUCUGGAGCUCGUGCCAUUCAUCCUUUUGGGAAUCUUUGGUGGUCUUUGGGGAUCUUUCUUUAUUCGCAGCAACAUUGCCUGGUGCAGAAGACGUAAGACAACCAAACUUGGCAAGUAUCCUGUGCUGGAGGUGCUUGUUGUGACUGCCAUCACGGCUGUUCUGGCUUUCCCCAAUGAGUAUACACGUAUGAGCACCAGUGAGCUGAUUUCUGAGCUGUUCAAUGACUGUGGGCUCCUGGAUUUCUCCAAGCUCUGCGAGUACGUGAAUGACUUCAACAGCACCACAGGGGAUGAUCUGCCGGACCGAGCCGCUGGCCCAGGAGUCUACACAGCUAUGUGGCAGCUGGCUUUGGCCCUUAUCCUAAAAGUCUUCAUCACCAUAUUCACUUUUGGCAUGAAGGUCCCUUCGGGUCUCUUCAUUCCCAGCAUGGCGGUUGGUGCCAUAGUAGGCAGACUACUAGGUGUAGGAAUGGAGCAGCUGGCUUAUUAUCACCAUGACUGGACUAUCUUCAGUGGCUGGUGCAGUCAAGGGGCUGAUUGCAUCACUCCUGGCCUUUAUGCAAUGGUUGGUGCUGCAGCAUGUCUAGGUGGAGUAACCCGUAUGACUGUGUCGCUGGUGGUUAUUAUGUUUGAGCUUACCGGUGGACUGGAAUACAUUGUUCCUCUAAUGGCUGCAGCCAUGACUAGCAAGUGGGUGGCAGAUGCAAUUGGACGGGAGGGCAUCUAUGAUGCCCAUAUUCGUCUCAAUGGCUACCCCUUCCUAGAAGCCAAGGAGGAGUUCUCGCACAAGACUCUCGCCAUGGACGUAAUGAGGCCCCGCCGGAAUGACCCUGUUCUGACUGUCCUCACACAGGACAGCAUGACGGUAGAGGAUGUAGAGGCCAUAAUCAAUGAAACCACUUACAGCGGCUAUCCGGUGGUGGUGUCCCGGGAGUCCCAGAGGCUGGUCGGAUUUGUCCUCCGGCGAGAUAUCAUCAUUUCAAUUGAAAAUGCCCGGAAGAAGCAGGAUGGAAUUGUGAGCACUUCAAUUAUUUAUUUCACUGACCACUCUCCUCCGCUGCCUCCGAGCUCCCCGUCCAUGCUCAAACUCAGGAGCAUCCUGGACCUCAGUCCAUUCACAGUGACAGACCAAACGCCCAUGGAGAUAGUUGUGGAUAUAUUCCGCAAGCUGGGACUGCGCCAGUGCCUCGUCACUCACAAUGGGAAACUACUUGGGAUCAUUACCAAAAAGGAUGUAUUAAAGCACAUUGCACAGAUGGCUAAUCAAGACCCAGAUUCUAUACUCUUCAAUUAAAAACAGACUAAUAAGUAUUGGGUGUUUAACACAAAAACGAAACUUUAUAAAAGACCGUGGAUUUUCUCUUCUAUUUUUAUUAAGAAACUGGAGCUAUCUUCAGAGUUUUCCUGUAUGGAGCUGAAGAUAAUCAUGUUUUUUCUACAAAAUAACCAAUUGCACUACGUAAUCUGUGGAAAUUAAUCUUCUCUUUAGAAGAAAAGACUUUAUUAUAAUGCUUUUGUGAAGUUGCAUUGGAAAGAUUCCAUGAAGGAGUAAAAGCAAAAUGCU